ACCUCAAACUACGCGUUGGCGGAAGAUGGCCGUCGCGUGCCGAGUGUUGCUCCGAUUGUUUAUGACGAUUUUUUAAGUUUUUAUAUUACGAAUCCUUGUAAUUGACCGUAGAAUAAGUGAAAAAGUUAUACAAUUGACCUUAAAAGUGUUAUUUGGAGUGUUUCUACUGUGUUUUAUGAUAAAUUUCUGUUAAAAAGUGCGGCAUUAGUAGUGUGUGUGAAGCAACUAGUUUUGAGUCAGUGUUUUUAGGAAUGUUGUGAAUCCAACUGGAUUACGUCUAUAUUACUGGAGUUUGGACUUGUUACAACAGCAUUCAGCCCUAAAGAUGCCACGAAAAAUGUAGCUGGAUCCGGUCUCCCACCGAUGGCAUCAAACCGCUUUGAAAUGGGCAAGCAAGACUCCAGCUGGCGAAGAGUUCAGGGGUUCAGGAUCAGUGUGGUGAAGUGCUUGGUGAUAGUGACCGUGUUUGGGCAGUGUGCUGGAGGCAAGCCUAUUAGUGAGACGCUGCAGAGAGCCCUGUCUGCGGUCAGGGGUCCUAGUCCUGGUGCGAAGAAACUGCUUAAUAUUCCUGAGGAUGGAGCUGAUCCGUUGCCAGGCAAACACGUACCGCUAGAAAGCUAUGAGAGCGAACUGGAGCGGGAGCACGCGCUUCCCACGUCCGUCCCCAACGCUGACAUACUCAAGACUAACAGCAAUCCGACGUACCAUAAGCCGAGGCCACCGCAGCACCACGGCGCUGCUCUGCUGGCCGGGGUGGGGGGAGGAGGGGCGGUCCCCUCGUACGCUCCCCCCGGCAGAGCCUUCUUCACACCCCCUCUGCCGCCCGAGUACAGAAACCCCUUCGCUGACAAGCCUACACUUAGAGGCACAAACACAGAUGGGAACAACUAUCUCAACAGGCGGCCUAUCCCUCCGCCCUCACUCGGCCCAGGUCACGACAGGAUACCUAUCAGACCUCCUGGACAGGAGACUUCAUCACCCCAGAUGCCAGCGCCUCCACCCGCACCGCCCCUGCCACCGGCGGGAAUCGAACCACAAAAGAAGAAGGCUCUUAACACGCCUAGCCAUAAGCCGGAUGAAUUAGACAGCGACGUUAAACAGCCGGGGACGGAUCAGGCGAAUUUCACAGACUUCGUGCCGAAUUCGCUCAACAUCCCGACAAUAUCCAGGAUACUGUCGGGCUCAAAUGGAAGAAAAGAGGACAUCCCAGAUGUUCUCCUAAGAACAGUUACUGCUAAACCUCAGCACAACCAAGAAAAGACCUCAAAGAGUGACAUCUUCGUUACAAAAGAAGUAGGAGUCACGUUGAGCGACUCAAACAGGGAUUCGUCAACCGAAGGAUCGGUUUUAGCAGUCCUAGAUCCAGAAAUGAACAAUCUAGAUAGGCCUUUAAUUGUAGACCAGAAUGGAGAAACAAAUACGAGGAGAAAUCUUCAGUAUGCUACUAAUAAGCAAACAGAAGCCAACGAUAGCAGAAGAGAUGAGUACACUCCUGCUACGACUAUUGGUUUCGAGCUUAAAGACCCCGAAAUGUCGACAGAGAGGUACCACAAUCUAGCGAAUGUGAAUUCGGAUAAGAAAAUCUUGAAGCAAGAUUCAAAGAACUCGGGGCCGGUUCAGAGGCCAGGGGCGGCUUGGCCGUUCGCUUGGAACCUCCACAUUUACUUAGUGACAGUCAUGUUCACGAUACUGGCGGUCUACUCCAUCUUCAAGAUAGUCUGCUACAACAAAUACACACAUUUGUUUACGCAGUACUAUUUCAUAAUACUCCAUUUAAUUUUGGUCCUUGUAUGUCUCCUAAGAAUCUUCUACAUGUGUUACGAUCCGUAUAAUAUCAACAAUUCCCUUCACAAAUUCAUUAGUGAAAUACUUCUUCACGUCCCAGAAAUAUUCCUUAGCAUAGCUUUCGCUUGUAUCAUACUAUUCCUGCUAACAAAUAGUAUUAAUUUUAAGAAUACCUGCUGUUCAUUCCUUUUACGACCUAGAACUAUAAUUUUAGGAGGCAGUCUACACAUACUGUCCUGCAUAAUGUUGCAUAUCUUUGAAAGUAGUAAUACAAUAAAUAGAAAUACGCAGGGCGGCGAAAAGAGGGUAUUAGGUCUUACAUGUCAGAUAAUAUUUAUAAUAGUAUGCCUAACACUAGGUCUCUGCUAUUUAUAUGUAUAUAAAAUGCUCAAAACUGUUUUACAGAAAAAGAGUCAUACGUAUAUUAAUGGUUUCCAAAAUCUGCAGCACGCCAUUCAAAUAAAAUUAGCAACUGCACUACUUUUUAUCUUGAUGGCAGCAUUGCAGAUUUUCGGUAUCUUUGGAAUAAAUCAACAUAACAUGACCAAGUUCGACUGGUUGCAAUGGGGCUACCAGUUCUCUCUGAGGCUUCUAGAGGUAAGUAUAGUUGCAUUAAUCUCAUGGGUCAUAAGUCUGAAAGUUGGGAUAGCUCUGCAGCAUGAAAAGGCUGACGGCCACAAAAUAUCAGGCCUUGGUCUUUUCGCUUGCGGAGCUGGUUCCAGCAACGAACAAUUCGAGUCAGAUUACCCUGCGAUUUGCAACACAAACACCAACCUCCAUACCUACACGAUGAGGACUGGAAAGCCAAUUUACGAGACAACUGGCCACCAUCCAGCCAUGCCUGAUCCAUGCUGCGGACCGGGGAUAGACCAUCAGAGAUUCCAACUUAACACCUUGACAGGAAACUGCGAUAACAAUUCUGGGACUGAGAAUUACUCAGGCCAUAGUUCUAUUGCAAACGCAGGGCAUAGUAGCUCUACGGAAUCGAGCAACGCGACUUCCAGCCAGGGCGUUACUAACCACCUGAUCAAACACCAUCCGAACAUGGCUGGAUAUAAUGGCAUAGAGUCUGCGUCAGACGACCACUAUUCGAACUGCGAUCCAGCCAUUCAGUCCCUUCAGGGCGAUGAUCCCUUAGACCACGAAUACAACGUCAUCCAAUACGGAAGUAACAGUGAUUUUAUCAGAGACAUCAAGAACCAAAAUUACAAUGCAGGGUCGAACCGCAGUUCACACAACUUCAAGCACAUGUCUUAUGACAGAGUGUCGUCUAGAACUAAUAGCAAUCCUCGGAAAAAGCACAGAGCAAAGAACAAGAACGUUCAGAAUUGCAUGACGAUGGGAUAUGACUCCGCGAUUGGCCAUCACUACCAUCAGCCGCAUACGCCUGAUGAAUAUGGCAACUACAACACGGAAAAUGCCUCUUACCACGCUUCUGGUAUCCAGACUUUGAACCCUAACAGGAGUUACAGUAACGACCCGUGCCAACAGAUCAGGAGUUCGCAGCGUAGAAAUUCGCCGUCAACCUCCAUGGUUAACUCUAGCGGGAGCCAGAAGCGUGGUAAAGGCAACGGGUUCCCAGAUAGGCCUAAGUCUACUGACUUGUACGGGUUUUCAGAAGACCCCAACGAGAGAGGGUACCCCUGUGCGUUAGGAGGGACGCCUCAACCAGCUCCUAGGAACUGCAGUUACGAGGCUUCGUACUCCCAACCCCAGGAUGAGAUCCCGCCAGAGGCUGAGGGGAACAGCAUGCUGGUGGCUCAAGACGGAUUCCUGAGGAUCCGUUCCAUGAAGGAUCCGUCUCCAAACCCUCAGCCUUCGCAUACCUGAUUUACCAUAAAUCUGUCGUACACGACAGAACUCAGUUUUUGAUAAAAUAAUGACUGUCUGGCUAUAUUGAGUGUCAAGUUUAUAUUGAUAUUAUAAGUAAACACUUGAGCCAGUAAACUCUUAGUGUGAUGCAUUUAAUUAUGCUCAUUAAAUGAAUGACAAACAGGACAGUGAAAAGUGGGGAGUUAAAGUAUGCCUAAAUAAGGCAAAACACGCAUUUUAAAGCUAUUUUAUUUAAGUAACUUAAUUAAACUUACUCUGUACAGUUCAUAUUGAUUUCUUUUAAUUUCUCGACUUACUUAAUUUCUCUGAGCAAAUAUUUUUACGUGAAUAAACGUACCAUUAUGAGAAUAAUUUUGUAGCCAUGAACCAUUUGACUUUAACGAAUUAAAUCAAUGUAAAAUUGUAAAUGUUAGAUGUAACACGACGUAAUUAAGAUAAUAAAUUGUAACGGCCUUUUGUAAAUAGCUAACUUUUUAGUCAAUACGGUCUAUGUAAAAUAUAUCUUCUGAGAUUUCGUUUGACAAGCGUCGUUUGAAUUCUACUGUAAGCGUGUAACUCAUUCUGCAGAGUUAUACUAAAGUCUGCAUUUUGCGUUGCAGCUCAAAAUUCGAUUAUAAUUUUCCACUUAGACUUAAGGCACUUAAAGUUACAGAAUCCUAAUCCGUUUUAGUGUUAAAUAAAGAAUUAAAUGUAUGUGAUAUCAGUAAACAUUUUAUUUGAAACAAUCUGUCCAUAUUUAAUGUUAAGAUGAUUAUCAAAAUAAUUCUAAGUAUUUAGUACAGUUUUCAACAUUGGUAAUAAUGUUGCAUAUUGUACUUUAUUAAUUUUAGAGAUAAUUUUAAUAAAUAAUUGCAAAAUGGUGAUUGAAAUACCCUGGUAAUUUUAUUGAAAUUAUCUUUAAAAUAAAAUUUUGUGUUUUGUAUUCUGUUAUGUCUGAAUGUCUAUGACCAUUACAAUUUUAUAAAAAAAGAUUUAUAUCAGUUCUAAAUAUCCUGUGUCCCUCAUCAUAUCCAUAAAAUAUUAAAUUGUCAUAAUUAUAAUUGCACUGUUGUAGUUACAUGUAAAUUAUUUAGCAGGUGUUGAAAUCUCUGUACGAAUUAAAUGUUUUAGCCUGAUUAUCUUAAUCUUACCAUAUUAUAAUUCUCAUAAAUAAUAUGGUGAAAAAAUACUCUGAAUUUCCCCCAGUUAACGCAGACUAAAAUAACAAUAGAAAUUGCAAUUAUUUUAGUGAUGACCAUGCAUUCUGCAGAGUUUUAAUAAUUCUGCAGAGUUCAUCCGCAUUUUAUUUCAAAUAUACAUAUUAUCUAAGCAUUAUAAACAUUUUUUCUAUUCCUCUAAAAAUGUUUUACUGUUUUCACUUGUAAACUCUAAUGCACGGACUUCAUGACUUGCCAUUUAUUAAAAAAAGAAACCUUUUUGUAUCUGUUCAAUUGAAAAGAAAGAAUGUUAAAAGCACGAUUUAAAAUAUAUGUUGAUAUAAUAUGACGCCACUGGGACAGUAAUACUGGAAAAAUAUAUUAAUUUCGGAAAAUAUAAUUUGAAACGAUGAUCAAAACAUUUUUUUCUAAAUACAUUUACUAUUUUCUGGGUUUAAAAAUAUCAUUACUUUCAGUGUUACUAUCCCAAAACAUUUUUGUUAAAAAUAAUGAAUGUUGCCACUACAAUAGAUAGAUAAAAAAAUAAUUGUAUAAAUUAGACAAAAGAGCUAAAGAAUAUUUAUUGAUAAAAAAGUACCAUCUCACUUGAAUAUUGUAACGUUAUUUUGAGAUAAAAAAAAAAUAUGAAAUAAAUAAUAAUGUUGCAUUAGAAAAGAUGCUCAUUUAAUUAAUUCCUAUGUAAAUAAAUGUAAUGUCUAAGUACAUAAAAAGUAUGGUGAAAUAGCAGCGACCAUACAUGCCACUUUUUAAUUUUAUUUUUUACUAUUAAGUGUAUAUAUGUUGGAGGUACUGAAGUACUUCUAACGAAAUAACAUUGAAUUUGUUGUAAAAUAUAGCGUUUUUUUUAUAUUCCCAAGACUGUACGUAUUAAUCAUCUAAUAUGUAAAAAUAAAUUCGAUAAACGGUAUUGAAAA